AUGGGCCUUGGGCACGGCGGUCACCCACCACGUGUGGUCAUGGUCUUUGGGUGUGGUGGUCACCACCAUGCGUGGUCACGGUGCUUGGCCAUGGUGGUCACCCACCACACGUGGUCAUGGUGCUUGGCCAUGGUGGUCACCCACCACGUGUGGUCACGGUGCUUGGCCAUGGUGGUCACCCACCACCUCUUCCUGCGCUGCGGCACCUGGAGAAGCUUCUCCUCCCCCCCCUCCUCCUCCUCGCAGACGGACGGGGAGGCCCGAGUCGCCCGGGUCCUGCGGGAGAAGUUCCCCGGGGCUUCGGCCAUCAAGGUGGUGGAUAUAUCAGGGGGCUGCGGCGCCAUGUACGAAAUUCACAUCGAGUCGGAGGAGUUCAGAGAGAAGCGGACGGUGCAGCAGCACCAGAUGGUUAAUCAGGCACUGAGCGAGGAGAUCAAGAGCAUGCACGGACUGCGCAUCUUCACCUCCACCCCCAAACCCUGACGCUUUAUUGAGCAAUAAAGAUGGUUGAGAGGUGCCCUCCGGGCUGCUCCCUCCUCCUCCUCCCAGUGUAUCUA